GCGGAGCGGAGCGGAGUCAUGGGGAAGCUGCAAGAAUUUGAUAUCACUUUUACCAACAACAAGGUGGUUUACGGACCCGGAGAGUCCAUCAGCGGGACUGUGAAGAUACGAACCGGCAACUCGCUGCAGUACAAAGCCAUCAAGGUGAACUGUCAGGGCUCAUGUGGGAUCAACAGCAAGAUGAACGACGCCUCCUGGACUCUGGAGGAGCAAUACUUCAACAGCACGCUGUCUGUAGCUGACAAAGGAACGCUGUCGGCAGGAGAACACAGCUUCCCGUUCCAGUUUCUCAUUCCAGUUGCUGCCCCGACUUCCUUUGAAGGACCCUUUGGAAAGAUUAUUUACCGCGUGAGGGCGGCCAUCGACACGCCCCGUUUCUCUAAGGACUACAAAGCCCAGAGGCCCUUCUACCUGCUCAACCUGCUCAACCUCAAUGAGGUGCCAAACAUUGAACAUCCCAGCUACGCCGUGACCACGAAGAAGUUCAGCUACCUGCUGGUGAAGACGGGGACGCUGAUGCUGAAAGCUCGCAGCGACCUGCGGGGCUACAUCCCCGGACAGGUCAUCAAGCUCGCCACCGAGAUCCACAACAAGUCUGGGAAGGACACGGGAUGUGUGCUGGCCAGUCUAAUACAGAAAGUGACCUAUAGGACCAAGCGGCCUGUGUUGGACCUGCGGACCAUCGCGGAGGUGGAGGGAGCCGGAGUCAAAGCAGGAAAACACGCCGAGUGGAGAGAACAGAUCAUCGUCCCUCCUCUUCCUCAGUCGGCUCUGGCCGGCUGCAGCCUCAUAGACAUCGACUACUUCAUCCAGGUGUCACUAAAGUCUCCGGACGCCGUCGUCACUCUUCCAAUCUUCAUCGGGAACAUCGCGGUGAACUUGUCCCCGUCGCGGCCGACCAUGCCGUCCAGCCCGCUGCACUGCGCCGCCACCGCCGCGGUCCCCAGAGCGGCGGCGGGCGUGACGCCCAGCGCCCCGCCGGCGGAGGAGGACCCGGAGGAGGCGCUGUGUGCCGGCGGCGUGGUGAGCGAGGAGAUCCCCACCAAGAGUCACUCCCAGCAGGACCCGUCGGGGCAGCCCGUCACCAUGUCGCCCAGCGCCUUCAGCCACGCCCCCGGGGCCGCGCUGCCGCCCGGCCGCCGGCGGCCCGACGCCUCGGCGCCGCUCUUCUGUGUGUCCACCGGGGCCACCAUACCGUUCUUCACCGAGGGGGACGUGACCCCCAUCCCCACUUCCUGUUCCCUCAUCCUCCCUCCAGAGUACAGCAGCUGGGACUACCCGCACGAGCCUCCACCAACUUACGAGGAAAGCUGCAGUAGCGCCAACUCCAGUUUCAACAGCAGACAGUAGAGAAGAAGCCCCGCCCCCACCUGUCUGCAUCCACCUCUCGACCAAUCAGGACAGAGACACGCCAGGUUAAAAAGGGAUCAUAUCUUAUAUUGAAUAUAAGUUUAAUUUUCACCUCGUGUCCCAUCGGGCAGCGUCAGACAGAACGGGGAGCAUCACUGUGCCUAGAAGAAGUAUUUUGGAUGAGCAUUUCGAAUAUCCAGUGAUUGGACAUGUUUCUUUCAUGGGGCAGAGUCAAAUAUGUUUUUGUUUUUUUUAAUUAAUCUUUGCAUCUGUGAUGCCUUGAGAAUGAUUUCAGCCUACUGAAGGCUCAUGUUUGACCAGAUCAAACACCGGCCUUUUUUAUUUUUAGUCUUGUUUCUAUUGUGCACUUGUUUUUGUGGUCUACGCUGUCCCUUUGUGUCUCAGUUGUCCUCAUCAGCAGCAGGACAGAGCUGGCGUCAGGCUGCACAACUUAUUGCACUGCAAAAAAGCCAACUUGUAUUUUUUUGGCCUAAAACAGUGAUUUAAGUUGGUAAAACUUGGAAAUAUAAAUUAUUGACAUUUAGGGCAAUAAUGUAAGUUAGCACAACAAAGGAAGCCAGUUGUCUGCUCAAAAACAAGUUGGUGAGUUGUUGUUACUUAUAUCUUUAAGUUGGGGUUCACAACAAGGGACAAUAGUUCUGAUAACUCUUAUUUCUUUGGUCAUUAGCGAAAGCUAGCGGCUAACUGACGCUAGCGGCUAUCUGAUGCUAGCGGCGCUGCUUGUUACAGCUACAAGAGUAGCCAUUAGCGUAUCAAUGCUAACUCGAAAUUGUGGUCACAACAUUAGCUGACAUUUCAUAGCGGCGUUACAAUCGUGCCAGAGAAAUUCAGAGUUGAGCCAUGAAAUUUUGAGUUCAACCAACUUUUCUUUUUUUUGCAGUGUGCCAGAGGUUGUGCUUUGUCUCGUUUGAUUUGUUAAAACCCCGUGUGAUUAUAGCACCAAUAGAGGUUUCCAGUCAGAAACCCAAACGUGUUGUUGAGACAUUAUUUGUCUUUAAAGCACCUCUCAGUUGUGUAACUUGGAACAAAGGUAGCAGGAAAAACAAUAAUCAACUUCAAAAUACUGUAAUUAUACAAAUUAGUCUAGUCACACUGAAAUCAGCUUUUUUUUUUAAAUUGACAGGCCAAUUAGAAUAUUUAAAGUCUUAAAGUAUGUAAAAAUACUCUGUUACAUUAACUGAAUAAUUCACAUUGUUACAAAACACAUGAUACUUUGAACUGAGAAAUCAAAUUCACAGAUGUUAAAUUGUUUCCAUGAUAUUCAGUAGAUUGUUAGAGCUGAUCUCCCCUUUCAAGGGGAGGGGGACUUUAAGUUUUUAUAUUCCAACACAUUUGGUUUUUUAGACAAGAUAAUUUAUAUUGAGAAACUGUAGAAGAGCAUGAUCUCUUGAACCUGGUCUCACAGGAAUCCGUGGAAUAGCCACGUAAUCACUCAAAUUUCCGUGAAACUGACACGGAUUUCGCUACAAUGCAAGUUAAUGACAGUCAUAUCCCGUGGCUAUUCCAACAUACAAAGUGAUUAUUUACAUUCACUGAGUGAAGAUUUAGAAAAUAAAACAUAUAUUUCUCCCUAGAAAUGUGAUCAAAAUCCAUUUUUAUGCAGAAGCUAAGUCAAAAUAUUGAUUUUUUUCACUAAAAAUGAGAGAACUGUCCGCCAUGUUUUUUUGUUCUGACCGCCGGGACCUUGAAAGUCACGUGACUUGGAACAAACCAAUAGGAACAAAUAUCCAUGGAAUAGCCACGGGAUAUGACUGUCAUUAACUUGCAUUGUAGCGAAAUCCGUGUCAGUUUCACG